UUGCCAUUUGCAUCUUUCCUUUAAGCAAACACCUUCUAGGAGAGUAGGACAUGUAACCCCGUUCUGGGGAUUUUUCCUGUCAUUGCUGUCUGCUCUUUUUGCAAUCGCUCCAGCAUCCUUGCAAGAAGUGCCACAACGGCGCGGUCUAUCAGUGUCAUUUUACUUAGUGAGUCGUCCCCCUUUUGUAAAAAAAAAAAAAUACUGAAUGGCCUCAAGUAUCGGUAGGAAUGGUGUUCAGGUGUAUAGUUCUGACCUGGUCUCGCUACAUCAUCAUAGCCACCACUACCAGCAGCAGCAGCAGCCUGUAAAGAAUACAUGUAAGGAAGGCUCGAAAAAAGAUGGGACUGUGGAUUCCUAUUGGUCCAGGCCCGAAUCUCGACUCUGGACUGUGAUGUUACUGCUUGGGACUUGUUUACUCUACUGUGCCAGGGUGACCAUGCCUAUCUGUGCUGUGGCCAUGAGCAGUCACUUCGACUGGGACAAGAAACAGUCCGGCAUUGUUCUGAGCAGCUUUUUCUGGGGCUACUGCUUAACUCAGAUCAUCGGAGGGCACCUCAGCGAUCGGAUCGGAGGAGAAAAAGUCCUCCUCCUCUCUGCAUCGGCCUGGGGUUUCAUCACCGCAAUCACUCCGCUGCUCACCUAUAUCAGUUCUGCCCACCUGAUUUUCAUGACAAUUGCUCGAUUCCUCAUGGGACUACUGCAAGGAGUGUACUUCCCUGCCUUGGCCAGCCUCUUUUCUCAGAAGGUCCGGGAGAGCGAGCGAGCGUUCACGUGCAGCACAGUGGGGACUGGCUCUCAGUUUGGGACGCUGGUGAUUGGUGGGGCAGGAUCCCUCCUUCUCGACUGGUAUGGCUGGGAAAGUGUCUUCUAUUUCUCUGGUUUACUCACUUUGCUCUGGGUUUACUGCAUGUGCAAAUACCUCCUGAAUGAAAAAGAACUCAUCAUUCGCUUAGAACAUUUAGCAAAGGGCCUCUCGUUAUCCAAACAGACCAAAGUUCCCUGGAAGCAGUUAUUUAAAAAGGCCCCUAUCUGGGCUGUCAUAGUAGCUCAGCUUUCUACGGGCAGCACAUUUUUCACCCUCCUCUCCUGGUUGCCAACUUUCUUUAAGGACACUUUUCCCGAGUCUAAGGGCUGGGUGUUUAACGUAGUGCCAUGGCUGGUUGCAAUCCCAACAAGUUUGUUUAGCGGAUUCCUGUCUGAUCACCUGAUCAAUCAGGGCUAUAAAACGAUCACCGUUCGUAAGUUCAUGCAGGUCAUCGGAUCAGGCGUAUCAAGCAUUUUUGCCUUGUGCAUGGGUCAGACAUCCAGUUUUUGCAAAGCUAUAGUAUUUGCAUCUGUCUCAAUUGGACUUCAGACCUUUAACCACAGUGGCAUUUCAGUCAACGUUCAGGAUCUGGCUCCAUCGUGUGCUGGCUUGUUGUUUGGCGUUGGAAAUACAGGUGGAGCCCUAUUAGGUGUCGUUUGUGUGUAUCUAGCCGGGCAUCUGAUUGAAACCACUGGUUCUUGGGUUUCUGUUUUCAACCUUGUGGCUACAGUUAAUGCCCUGGGGCUCUGUACAUUCCUGAUCUUUGGAGAGGCCCAAAGGAUGGACACAGACUCUGCAUAUGUAGAUCUAUAGUCGCUGUAAAGAUGAGUUCAGCAAAUGAAAUCUGUUGAAGGGUUUAGGACUGUAACUUCUAUUGAUAGCGGUUGUGCAAAUGGUUGUUUGCAGAAGAGAAUAUUAUUAUUUUGUAGAAUUUAAAUAGAAAAAAAUCUAUUGCAAGACUAUUACGGGCCUGAACUAAACCCAGAGGAGGGAGGAAAUCCAGAGUUAAAACUUUGCUCAUGGGAUGGCUGAUGGGUUAUAGAGCCUUUCAGCUCUAGGUCACCAGUUUGAAUUUGAAUUGACUAGUGCCUGAACGAAGCAGCUCAUGGCCUAUGUGAAAUCAGUUGGUACCUGCAGUCAAGUUCCUAGUGCAGGAAAUGCCAUCCCAGCUGACACUAAAUGGUACCUUAGCUGAGAGUCUCAGCAGAGAUGCCAAGGACUGAACGGCUCAUUGAGAGUGAAUGCCUCUUUCAUCCUAAGAGAUGCUCCCUCCGGGACAGAGAUGAGACAUCUGAGCAGUGCGGGAAUCAUGCAUUGCAGGUGUCCAUGUUCUACCUGUUCUGUGGCUGAGAAGAUCACUCCCGUCUCCAGGGCUGUCAAUCAGUUCCUUUCAUCAACACUAAAUGAACUUAAUAAUACCAAGGACUGUCCUUAACUUGCCCUUGUGUGCCUCAGUAUUGCCAUAUAUAUAACAGGUACAAUCAGGGUGUACAAAGGAAUGGGUUCAGAGUUGUUUUGCCAUAUGCUGUGAAUGUAUAUGAAGGAUGGCUCACAUUCUGGACUAUGGAUCCAUAAUACCAAGUGUUUUCUGCUUCACUAGGUCUGUUUCCAGUAUGCAUUGAAAGGAAUGCAGGAAUACAGGAGCCGUUCAAAAGAGCCUAAAAAGUGCGUGUUACGUAUUUACAUUAAUUGUAGGACUUGUUUCUGUGUUAUGGAUCCAUACUGCUGAAUGCUCACCA